UUUGCGAGUAAGAAUAUGGCAACAGAUUCGUGGGCCCAGGCUGUCGAUGAACAAGAAGCCGCAGCUGAGUCGAUAAGCAGUCUUCAAAUAAAUGAGAAAGACGACACACCGAAAGCAGAGGCAAAUGGGGCAAAGACGGGAGGAGAAGGAGAGAAGACCGAGGAGGAGGACAAAGACGACAAGGCGGCACAGUCACUGCUAAAUAAACUGAUACGCAGUAAUCUAGUGAACACAACCAAUCAAGUGGAAGUUCUCCAAAGGGAUCCCAGCUCUCCACUAUAUUCCGUCAAGUCUUUUGAAGAGCUCAGAUUGAAACCUCAGCUACUACAGGGAGUUUAUGCCAUGGGUUUCAACAGGCCCUCCAAAAUCCAAGAAACAGCAUUGCCCAUGAUGUUAGCCGAACCUCCACAGAAUCUCAUCGCUCAGUCUCAGUCCGGCACGGGUAAAACUGCUGCUUUUGUGCUGGCCAUGUUAAGUCACGUGGACCCUGAAAACAAAUGGCCACAGUGUAUGUGCGUCUCGCCCACGUACGAGCUGGCCCUGCAGACGGGCAAGGUCAUCGAGCAGAUGGGGAAGUAUUACCCUGAAGUCCAGCUGGUGUAUGCUAUCCGAGGAAACAAACUGGAGCGAGGAACUAGGCUGAAGGACCAGAUUGUGAUUGGUACUCCUGGUACUGUUCUGGACUGGUGCCAAAAGCUCAAGUUCAUCGACCCUAAGAAGAUCAAGGUGUUUGUUCUGGAUGAGGCUGAUGUGAUGAUUGCCACCCAGGGCCAUCAAGACCAGAGCAUACGUAUCCAGAGGAUGCUUCCUAAAACUUGCCAGAUGCUGCUUUUCUCUGCCACUUUUGAAGACACUGUGUGGAACUUCGCCAAGAGAAUCGUUCCCGACCCCAACAUCAUUAAACUGAAACGUGAGGAGGAGACUCUAGACACCAUCAAGCAGUACUACGUUAUCUGCAACUGCAAGGAAGAGAAGUUCCAGGCUUUGUGCAACAUCUACGGAGCCAUCACGAUCGCACAGGCCAUGAUCUUCUGCCAUACCAGGAAAACUGCCGGUUGGUUGGCAGGAGAGCUUUCAAGAGAGGGCCACCAGGUGGCGCUGCUCAGUGGAGAGAUGCAGGUGGAACAGAGGGCAGCGGUCAUCGAUCGUUUCCGUGUCGGCAAGGAGAAAGUUCUUGUCACGACUAACGUUUGUGCUAGAGGUAUUGACGUUGAGCAGGUGUCUGUGGUUAUCAACUUCGAUUUGCCGGUGGAUAAGGAUGGCAACCCUGACAACGAGACGUACCUGCACAGAAUCGGGCGUACUGGGCGAUUUGGCAAGAGGGGGUUGGCCAUCAACAUGGUGGACAGCAAGUUCAGCAUGAACAUCCUCAACCGUAUCCAAGAACACUUCAAUAAGAAAAUUGAAAAGCUAGACACUGACGAUUUGGACGAAAUCGAGAAAAUCGCUAACUGAGGACAAUCUGUGCUGUGACCGGACUGCGCUAGCACAGUUUUAUUUAAGAUGCUGGGAUGAGAUCUAUGCCAGAAAGGAUGUUUACAUGAGCUGUUUUAUCUCAGAUGGUGUUUUUAUAGGUUUUCUCAUUUGAUCAUUUCACUCUUUGUACUUAAUAAAUUCUGAAUGUGUAGUCUUAACGUCACUUGUACGCUAAUGUCAUCGCAAUGGUCAAAGCGUGUUUUAAGUAUGGGGACGAUGCCUUUCAAUAUUACUGAAUUCGUGCAUCUUUUAAAUUGACUACAGAAGUCAGUCUGCCUUCACACCAAGUGUGGGAAAGGUAUGUUUUGACUGUUACCGAAUUUUAAAAUGAAGCUCCAAACUAAGAACACGUGGAUAUUGUGACGUUAUUUUUUUUAUUGCUUCUAAAGUGUCGAUACUUCACGCUUAUCUGUAGUUCUGCGUGUUUGGGUCAAGUGUGUUAGUUAUAUGAAAUCAGCUACGUUGGAUUUUGUGUAGCGCUCCAAGAAAGGAAUUGCAGGGUUUUAUUUAAUAAUAAAAGGAGAGUGCUGUAAUGUGUUAUUUCACGAAUCAGUUGUAAGCUCAAUACCUCAUAAUAUGCUCAUACACAAGAGUCGGUUCUGAAGUUAUUGGCUUUAAAUCAUUAAAGUAGUUGCCAAAGCCAUUACUGGAACAAAAAGAAUCGUAUAAGAGCCAAAGAUUGAUGCCUCCAUUGGCUUUCGCUAGUAUUCAAAUUGAUUGAAAUAACACAAUGGUAUUUGUUGCAUGUUAAAAAGUACAAAGAGUGAAAUAACUUAUUCAAUAGAUGCAGUUUAAUGAAGCAGAUAUGUUAUAGCAUUCAUUGUAAGAAUGCUCUGUAGUGGAAAUAUUGUUUGUAUUCUUGGUAACAGACUGCAUUGGGAUUGUAUGUUACCAGGGUUAAAAUGCAUAAAGCAGAUGGAUUUUUAAUCGUGAUUAUGGGCUGUGCCAUUUCAAUUUGCAGCUGCCUUAAAGAUGUAAAAGCCUGCGAAUGCA